AUGAACUCCUCAGAUUCAAAGGAAAUGAUGAUGUUCUCCUUGGAUUCGAGUGACGAAGAGGACGAGCUGCUUGUGCUUAUUGCCAUCGAGGAGGAAGAAGCAGGAGGUGCGCGUCGUAGCAGGCAGCGUGGGUCAAUGCCCGGCCAUGCGGUUAUAGACCGGCAACAUCGCGAAGGUGCUGCUAGGCUGUACAACGACUACUUCGCCGACAACCCUGUGUACGGAGAUGUCCUGUUUCGUCGAAGGUUUCGUAUGUCGCGGCGGUUGUUCUUGCGUAUUGCGGCCGCUGUGGAGGACCAUGACACCUGGUUCAGGCAGGGAAGGGAUGCAACGGGGAAGAUCGGCCUUAGCCCGUUGCAAAAAAUGACAGCGGCCAUACGGCAACUAGCAUACGGCGUCAGUUCAGAUGCAGUUGACGAGUACGUGCGGAUAGGGGCGAGCACGGCGAUGAUGGCACUACGGAAAUAUGUGCAAGCUAUUGUGGAGGUGUUCGGAGAAGAAUAUCUCCGGGCUCCCAAUGAAACUGACACCCCCCGUCUCCUAGCAGAAGGCGAGCGCCGUGGCAUAAAUGGUAACAGGUACAACAUGGAAUACUACCUCGGCGAUGGCAUAUACCCUGAAUGGACGACCAUAGUGAAGGCAAUUCCUGCUCCACGAGGCAACAAGAGCAUCCAUUUCUCCGCGAUGCAAGCUGUUGUCCGCAAGGAUAUCAAACGUGCAUUUGGUGUGUUGCAAGCUAGGUUUGCUAUUGUUCGCGGACCGGCUAGAGCAUGUGAUCAGUCUACAUUGCACAAUAUCAUGACCGCCUGUGUUAUUAUGCACAACAUGAUAAUUGAGGACGAGCGCGGUAGCGCUUCCCCGGUGCAGGUGUUCGACUUCAUGGGGGAACCAACUCAAAUCCAUCGAAGUGGUGAUGAAGGUGUCCUGCAUUAUGUCGAAACAACUCAAGCUAUCCGCAACCGUGCAGUGCACCGCCAAUUGCUUGAUGACCUUGUGGAGCACCUUUGGAGUAUUCAUGGAGCACAGUAG